CUACAAGAAAAAUCAAUUUCACAACACAAAGGGAUUAAAAAAACACAAAGUCGGACAGAGUGAGUGAGGAUGUGUGUCAAAUUUCGACUUUGGUAUAACAGUGCAACUUAAAAAAAGACAGAAAAUGUUUCACUUAAACUUUCCCAGAACAUGAGUGAAGGAAUAAAACCGGAGCACACGGGCCUGGAGAAAGCAACACCUGGAUCAAGUUAUUGUGAUUGCUGCUUGAUAGAUCUCUGACUGCAUCAGUCUGAGAUCACUUCAUCUGAGGAGUUCACCCUGGGCAGAGUGUAAAAUCAGAGUCUAGAGGACAUGGCUCAGUUUCAAAGCAGUGAUGAAAACAGCCACGGUUUGAGCCCCCACAUUAGCACUGCCAUGAACUCAUUUGCUGGAAAUUCUCAUCUUGUGAGUAGUUUUUUCUCACAAACACAAACCAUGAGGACAAAAGAUGAACUUCCUUCUCUGGAAAACAACAGUGCAGAGGACUCAGGAGGUCUUGAUGAGCGCAGUGACUCACCAGACCAGACUAAGGAUUGCAGGUAAGGACUAGAUUGUGAAUUUGGUACAGAUAAACAAACUUAAUACACCUGACGAUAAUGAUGGAAAUCCCUUUUUUUUUUUUUUAGUCUUGCCAUAGACAUAUCAUCAGCUCUCAGGUGUCUGCCUUUAAUUCACACUCUGGAUCUGAAAGAAAUGUUCACAGUAUCUCCAUCUGAGGAGGACAAGCCAGCUUCAUCUCUGCUGGAUGAUCAGGAUGAUAACACAGAAGGGUAAGAGGUUCUUUAAAUCCUUCGUCUUUGUACCCUCGAUACUCUGAGUAAUCAUGACCUACUUGAUAACCCAGACCAGCAGAUCCAGCUGAUGAAGAGGAAACAAGUGUGACGUUCCAGUCCAAGUUCAUCGACUUCUGUGAGUUCUCCUUUUAAUGACAAAUAGAAAAAUUUGAUGUUAGAAAGCGAUGAUAAGUACCUUUCUUCUCUAAUUUUGCUCUGCAGUCCCGCUCUAUCAGGACUACUGUCUACAGGGGGUAAAGGAAGAUAUCUUCAGACUCACCAAGAGUUUUGUAUCUGAACUCAUAACCCCUCAGUACCUGCAGGGUCUACAGUCCCGUUUUAGUCCGUCCUGCGAAUCUGAGGCAACACCCCCUCAAUCAAACCCUAAUGAAGCUCUGUCCUCACCUCUGCCUCAGCCAAUCAGGGUGACUCCAUGCACCCUAUGGCAGGAUUUAGAGGAGGUGAAGGCAUCCGGCCUUCUUGGCAGCUUGACGAACAGAGAGAUCCGCCUCCAGGAGGUCUGAAAAGUUCUGUAUCCUUCACUCGACAUGCUGCAUUUGUAAUCAGUCACAUAAUUUUGAAACAUGGGGAGGUCUCACAUCUAAGAAUCCCUGUAAAUGCUCGCAAACAUAUAGAGGUUUAAAAACAACAGAUGUUUUGCUGGCAUCAAAUUGAAAAAGAAACACAUUUUCAUAUUAUUCAAUUUUUGUUAGUAAAUACUUGAUUUGUCGUCUUUGCACAAUUUGUACUUCAAGUUUAAACCGUGCUCAUUUUUUUCUGGAAUCGAGUUUUAUGAUGAAUUUCCAAGUUUAAUGAAAAUAUAGUCAUCAGUCUAAAUCUCUCAUUUCAAUCUUUACUCCCACUCUCCUUCCUCUGUAGUCCAUGUUUGAGUUGAUCGGCUCUGAGGCGUCUUACCUGAGGAGCCUCAGAGUUGCUGUCAACCACUUCUACACCUCCAAAGAGCUGAGGAAGAGUCUCUCUAAAAGGGAGCAUCAUGUGUUGUUCUCCAAUAUUUGUGGCGUGAUGGCGACCAGUGAAAAGUGAGAGCCUUAUGUACAGUUCCUCCCGUCUGAUCUGCUUUUGAUGACAUUUUACUGAGCUGGGUUUUGGUCUCCUCCAGGUUUCUUAUGGAUCUGGAGAUUCGACUGGGAGAAAGUGUGUUAAUGUCUCAGGUUGGAGACAUCGUGCUGCAGCACUGCCCGGAGUUUCACAGCCUCUAUGUGCCGUAUGUGAUCAACAUGAUGUACCAAGAGGCCCUCAUCAACCAGCUUCUGUAAGUCUCAGUCCUUUUGGACCUACUCUGAGUCUGUGUCAUCCAACUUAUUCAAUCCCAUCUUGUCCAAAAUGCUGCUGCCCAUCUUUGAGCACAUCACUCCUGUCUUUAGCUCCCUUCACUGGCUUCUCGUCUCUUUUAGGAUUGAUUUUAAACUUUUUAAUGUUUGUUUUUAAAGCUCUUAACGGCCUUGCCCCCAUCUAAUUAAUUGAGCUUUCAACCGUUAGGGAGCCAGGAAGAGCUCUGAGGUCGUCAAAUUAACUUCUGCUGGAGGUGCCCAGGUUAAAACACAAGCACUGAGGUGACCAAGCCUUUUCAGUUGCUGGUCUCAGGCUCUGGAAAAAGCUCCCCACGGGAAUGAGACUUCUUUCCGACCCGGGCCUUUUUAAAUCCCGAUUGAAAACAUACUUAUUUAUGCUGACUUUUAAUACCCAGUAAUGUGUUGACACUUUAUUUUAUUGCAUUGUGUUUUAUUCUUUUUUUAAAUUUGUUUUUAUUUAUUCUUUUUUAUUUUCUAUUUUUAUUUUUGUAAUGCAGGAUUGUUAUGAAGGGCUGUAUAAAUAAAGAUCAUUCACAUUUACAUCUUGUCUUUUCCUAAGUCAGCAGAACAGAGACUUCCUGAACUCUAUCAAAAAGCUUGAGGGUGACAAAGUGUGUCAGAGACAGAGCCUCAAGUCCUUCCUGGUCCUUCCCUUCCAGAGAAUUACUCGUGUAAAACUCAUCCUAGAGGUCAGUACCUAAUCUGGUUUCAAUUCUGUGUAUAUUUUGAACUUUGCAUGAGCAAGUUUCAAAUAAUAACCUGGUUUCUGUUGGGUUUCUUUUUCAGAGCAUCCUUAAACUGACUGAACCAGGUUCUGACUCAGUUUUGAAUCUUGAGAGAGCAAUAGAAGCCAUUCAUGAGGUAAGGCUGUUUGGGUUGGUAAAUAUACGAUGAGAAAGGAUGCCAGUGUGAUAGUUUCGACACUCUUUAUCCUCUGAACAGAUAGUGUCUGAGUGUAAUAAGGGCGUCGAAAAAAUGAAACAAAUCGAGCAGCUGGUGUCCCUGGAAAUGCAGAUGGAUUUUGGCAAAGUUAAGGUGAGAAUUUUUCUUUUUGAUUCUGUUAUGCAACCUGCAGAUGGUGACAAACCCUCACUGCUCCUCUCUCCUUUAGUCAGUGCCGCUGGUGGCAAACGGCCGCUUCCUGGUGCACCAGGGUCCAGUGAGACAGCUGACAUUAGAGGCUUCUUACAGCUCUAAAAUAUCUUUCCUGUGUGUCCACCUCCACCUUUUCAACGACCUGCUGAUCAUCUCCUCAAAAAAGUGUGUCACCCUACAAUCAAUACUAAAGCAAAUACACAGUUUGACUGUCAAUCAGACCGGAUUGCCUCUUCCCUGUCUUAUCUUGUUAGGGAUCAGGGGUACACGGUUCUGGAUCAUGCCGAGUUCCCCACACAUGUUCGCAUUGAGCCAAUGAAGGCUGAGGUCUUGGGUCUACCUCGAGAUUCCUUCCUGCUGCAUCUCACCCGAAGUCAAACUGGGCAACGGACCGCCAUGAUACUUUUGACAAACUCAAGGUAGGUCUGGAUUUUCAAUGUAAUCAAUAAAAAUCCUGCAGAAGUGUGUCAAUCUGUGUUUUUUUGCAUUGCAGGUCAGAUAAAGAGGAGUGGAUUAGACUCUUGUCUAGACAACAAUAGAAAUUUAUUUUAUUUGUAUGGCUUUAACUUGGUUUGUUUUAACUUACACAGCACUCACAUUUUUUAUCAACUAAAAAGAUGAAUUACUUUUCCACACUUACAGAUUUUUCUCAGCUGCACUUUAUGUUUUUGGAUAAGGAAACUUUGGGGUGUCAACACACAACAUGUUCAAAAACACUUUUUUUUCAAUUAAGACACUUCAAGUGAGGGGACACACAACUUUGACGUGAACAAUUUUUGUUAGGGCUAUAAUGACUUUUAAGAGAUGUGUUUUACUUUUUCUGGUGUUUUUUUACUUAUUCUUGAGAAUUUAAAGGUGUGGCCUUGUGUGACAAAAUGCUGAACUGAAUAAAAAUAGUAACAGACAUGACACACCUGCUCCUGA